AUGAACUUGGAUACGAUAGCAAGCUUUCGUGAUGACGCGCUUUCAAUUAUUCAAAGUGUCACGUACGACAAAAGCGGCAUGCGUGAGAAAAGGGGUAAUUACGCUGAACGGAUUGGUGUCCGUGUUUCAGUUUUUCUUGCAGCAGUGCUUGAAUACCUUUCUGCUGAAAUUUUGGAAAUGGCUGGAAAUGCGGCACACGCCAAUGAGAAGAAUCGGAUCAACCUACGACACUUACAAUUAGCAAUACAGAGUGACGAUGAACUGAGUGCGCUUCUAUCCAAUGUAACGGUCUCUCAGGAUAGUGUAUUACCUAAUAUUAAUUCUGCGCUUCUUCCUAAGCAACCAGCUGAUAUGCCAUCAACUUCGACCUAA